AAAGACCAAAUAACGGUUCAUUCCACCGCUAUCAUCUGUGCCGAUACUGAUCUUCGGGGUGAAGUGACAAUAGGAGCCGGGACUGUAAUUCAUCCCAAAGCUUCAAUUUAUGGUUUAGGAGGAGGAGUGGUGAUAGGUGAAGAUUGUAUAGUGGAAGAAGGUGUUGUUAUUGUGAAUAGAGGACCAGAGAUCAUGAGAAUAGGUAGAGAAAAUCAUUUCAUGGUUCAAUGUCAUAUACAAGCUCAAGAAAUAGGAGAUUUCAAUACUUUUCAACCUCGCUCAAAGGUUUCUUCAGGAGUGAUAAUAACGAAUCGAUGUGUAUUAGGAUCAUCCACCAUAACACUCGAAUCCCUUCCUUCACCUUACACAAUCGUAUAUGGACCCGAAUCUCUUAUCCGAAAAUGGGAUGGGACCGCUCAAAUCACUGAAGACAAUUUACGUAUGAAACAUUUAGAAUAUCUACGUGAUAUAUUACCCAAAUAUAAUCGACUUCGAGUGGUUUGA